GCCCGCCCGCUUCUGACUCUCCCGCGCGCGGCACACGGAGAGCCCCGCUUUCCCGUUCCCAUUCGAGCCGGCUGGCUGGCUGGCUCUCCACGCCGAAGCCCGGGCAUUCGAAACUACUGGACCAAGUGCCGCAGGGACCGUCAGGGCCGCCCGGCGGCCUGGCACGGGCUGCCCGCGCCCUGGGCUCCCGCCCGCGCCUCUGCCGCCAGCGCCGGGGACCGCGAGAUAACCAGGUGCCCAGAGGCCUCUCGUCUUCUCUUCUCAAUGGCAUUUCUGGUGUCCAUCUAAGGAGUCUCCUUGUCCAGCCUUGAAAUUUUUGGAAAUUAAACAGAGGACUCGCUUCAUAUCUUCUUCUUGAAGAUUUCCACCAUAUAUAUCCAGAACUUUCUGAAUAAGCAUAAAGAUUUUAAGGUGCUGACAAGCAGGGAGCAAGCCCCAAAGACAGGCCGUAGGGAAGGAGAGGCCAUGGAAUAUCCACCAACCAGAUAAUCAUCGCUGGAUCAACCGGGACGUGUCUGAAUGUAGAUGAGGAUUAACAAAAAAAACAAAAAACAAAAAACCCAAUGUUAUUUUGAUCACCUACUGUAAAGCUAUCAAAAAGAAAGCCAGGAAAAGGAAACCAAGUUUUGCUAAAUACUCAUGAACAUUGUCAAGGCUACAGAAGUCCUGAAGGUUGAUGGAGGGCCAUGCUAUUCAAACAGCAGGUGUGGCUGAGACAGAAGCUCCUGGUGCUGGGAAGCCUUGCUGUUGGAAGUCUCCUGUAUCUAGUCGCCAGAGUUGGGAGUUUGGAUAGGCUACAACCCAUUUGCCCCAUUGAAGGCCGAUUUGGAGCCCGCGGGCAGGCUGACUUCCCGCUCCGUGCCCUGCAGUUCAAGCGCGGCCUGCUGCACGAGUUCCGGAAGGGCAACGUUUCCAAGGAACAGGUUCGCCUUCAUGACCUGGUCCAGCAACUCCCCAAGGCCAUUAUCAUUGGGGUGAGAAAAGGAGGCACCAGGGCCCUGCUUGAGAUGCUGAACCUCCAUCCAGCUGUGGUCAAAGCCUCUCAAGAAAUCCACUUUUUUGACAAUGAUGAGAAUUAUGCCAAGGGCAUUGAGUGGUAUAGAAAAAAGAUGCCUUUUUCCUACCCUCAGCAAAUCACAAUUGAAAAGAGCCCGGCAUAUUUUAUCACAGAGGAGGUUCCAGAAAGGAUUUACAAAAUGAACUCAUCCAUCAAGUUGCUGAUCAUUGUCAGGGAGCCAACCACAAGAGCUAUUUCUGAUUACACUCAGGUGCUAGAGGGAAAGGAGAGGAAGAAUAAAACUUAUUACAAGUUUGAGAAGCUGGCUAUAGACCCUAAUACCUGCGAAGUGAACACAAAAUACAAAGCAGUAAGAACCAGCAUCUACACCAAACAUUUGGAGAGGUGGUUGAAAUACUUUCCGAUUGAGCAAUUUCACAUUGUGGAUGGAGAUCGCCUCAUCACGGAGCCUCUGCCAGAACUUCAGCUCGUGGAGAAGUUCCUAAAUCUUCCCCCGAGAAUAAGUCAGUACAACUUGUAUUUCAAUGUUACCAGAGGGUUCUACUGCUUGCGAUUUAACGUUAUCUUUAAUAAGUGCCUGGCUGGCAGCAAGGGGCGCAUUCAUCCAGAGGUGGACCCCUCUGUCAUUACCAAAUUGCGCAAAUUCUUUCACCCUUUCAAUCAAAAGUUUUACCAGAUCACUGGGAGGACACUGAACUGGCCCUAAAAUAAUAAGUCAGACAACACCAUGUGUUGUGCCUGGAGACACGCAAUGUCUCCUCUCCAUUGAAAUAUGCACUUUUCCGAGACACAACUAUCCAAGUCAUGUUUCCAUCUCUACUUGUAUAUACACAGUGUGUGACCAAAAUAUAAGUCCAGUUCUUUUUUUCUGAUGAAAAUGUACAAAAACAAUUUGCUGUCUGCUUAGUUGCAUCUUUGAAAGACAGGUUACUAAAAGAAGAAGUGGUGGUAUUGGGGGAAAGGGACUUCAGCUAUUCUCAAAGAGUUAGUCUUCCUUUGUGUCAGAAUUUGUCACCCGCCAUUUACAUAAAUUGAAGCCAAAAGAUGAAUGUGUGAAAAGUACCAAUGGCUGUGAAGCUGCAGGAAGGAGAGGAUUCGGUUAUGCAUUCUUUUCUAAGGGAAAGCUGGCUCUUUAAUUCAGAUGCUGAAUUGGUGCCAGGAAAACAGAAAAUGCUAUUUUCUUAUGAUUUAAAAGGAUGUCCUAUCUCCUAAAAUUGACAUUGUCCCAAAGUUCCUGUGGUGAUUUUGCACUAUUGUUUUCUCGUAUGGACCAUGAUGUCACUUGUAGCAUGUCGAUCAUACAUUGGUAAGUCCUUUCGCUUCCAUGUUCUAUGUCAACAAAGAGAAAUGUCAUGUACAUAGUGUAUAUUAUUGUAAAUACUUGUUUCACACUAAGUAACUCUAUUUUGUAAACUGAAUAUGGCUAUUUAAUUUAUUGUGAAAAUUAAAUUUAUUGUGGUAUUUAAAAAUGGAAUGGAUUAAAAUUACUCUAUGUGCAA